AUGGCGACCAACGACGAGUCUUGGAUGCGAGAGAAGCUUGAAGCACUGAUGCCGUUGAUCGGCGUGUACGUCGAUCUCGCCUCCCUCGCUUGCGACAUCCUAAUCGCCGCAGAUCUCAUCCACGCCUUCCGCUCCAAGAAGCUAUGGCUCCCCUCCAAUUACUUCUCCCUCAACGCCCCCACCCUCGCCCUCCUCUCCGUCGCCCUCAAACUCCCCGCGGAUAUCACCACCAACAUGACCGCCGCCACCGACCGCCUCGCCCAGAUCAGCAGCCUCGCUCUCACGUCAACCUGCUUAGCCAACUUCCUGCUGUCGCUUGGAUCCAUGAGCGACGGCGACGUUCUCAUCAACGUCACCGCAGUCAGCAUUCUGAUCGCCACCGUCGCAGCCGACGUCAGCAUCCAAAUCUUAGGUACGCGGUCGUUCCUCAACCGCCGCCUCUUGCUCCCCGAGGAGAUCCUCACGCUCACCCUCAUGCUUCUUCUGCUUCUCGUCCUCGUUUCAACGGCGAUAAUGGUGCCCGCUAAGAAAAAAUGCCUCGACGCUUUGUAUCAGGAGAAGCAUAAUUUAGCCGAUGCCACCGCCGACGUGGGGGCGGCGGCGGUUGACAGGCUGAGGAAUCUCGUGGAGAAGUAUUGGGUGAUGGCGGCGGAGAGCAGCCCGCAGCUUAUGAUCGCUCGCUCCUCCGCCUGCGCAGCUGCCGGCGUCAUCUGCCUCAUAAACGCCCUUACCCUGGCACAGGCUAUUGUGCGCACAUGGAUGGCGCAUCGUAGCCUCGGCCUGACCGGUUCCAGCUACGGUUCCUCCACGGAAUGGAUUCUAGCCGUGCAGACGGUUGGAGUGAUUUUCGGCACCUUCUCGACUUCGCUCCGGUGGUUCACAGCCGUCCGAUACCGAUGCUCCGAUGACAGAAGCUUGAGAUGUGAAUUUGAAGUGGAUGAUUCUUGGACUAGGAAGCUUGUGGAGUUUCAGGAAUGUCCAAUUCAUCAUCCAUCAAUUAGGCACCACAAAUACAGGAGAUUUCUAUACAAUGCGAGAGGAAUCUUAGUAUAUCUCAUGCUCAUAGCUCAAACAUACGCUGUUUUGUUCUACAAUCUAGUUUUAGUAAUCUCAUGCUGCGUGGCAAAGGCCGUCGUCAACACGAGAGCGGAUUUGCCGGCCUACAUGCUUCCGAAACAGGUGGAACAAGUUCUAGAAGCAUCUAGAAGGAAGAAGCCGAGUACCCUAAUCGAAUUCCUGCGCGCUUCAACCUUCAAAGGCGUGGCGGAUUUCGACAGCAGCCUCGUUCGAAGCAUACACGUUUCAAUUGCCAACAAAAACUGCUGGUCCCUCGCUGUGGUCACACUCACAACCAUCGCCGUCGCGCUCCCUAACGUCGAGAAAAGCAAGGCCGAUCAGCUGGUCGAGGACGUGAGGGACGGCCUUUUCCUCGUGGAGGCUGUGGAAGAGAGCUUCUACAGCGACGGGGAGUGGAAGAACAUAAGGAAAGCUGCUGAAUUCUGGCUGAGAGUCGAUCUUUUUCGCAAAUGGCAGGAAUUCGACCUUGCUGAGAUCCGCUGCAACAGCCGAGACUUCAAACACGCGGUGGAAUGGCUAGCGAGGGAAGGCGAAAGGAUUGCGUCCGGUUUGAAGACGGACGAGCCGAGGAUCAUCGCGGCGAACGCCAUGUACAGGAUCGGAUCCGCGGUUUUGAGCGGCUGUGGCGACGAAGAAAGCGCCGUUGGAGAUGAGGAAUUCUUCGAUCGGUUGAUUGGAAUCAUCGCGGACGUCUUGGCGGCGUGUCUCGCCAAUUUAGAGCGGGUGAUAUCGGAUAAGUGCCGCCGGAGUGCGAUUGAGGAGAGAGAGAAAAACGUGAUGCAGGCUGCUCUUCUGCUGGGGAGAAGUGAAGGGAUUCUCAAUAUUUUAGCGGAUCGCGUUCUACCUGAGGGAUUGAAUGAGGCUGCUGCUGCGUAUGUUGAGGAGUGGCGGCGCGAGAUGCUGCCGGAGACGGAGGUGGAGAUGGUGAGUUCGGGGUCUAUUACUCCGUCGGAAGGGAGUGGUAGCAGCGACUCGAGUGGAUUUGAAGGAGAAUUUGACAGCCCAUAA